GAGUGGACGGUCAGUGGAGCCAUGUCAUUAUUUAUUCCGUGAAGCUGCGGCUUUCGGUCCCAUGCCAGGAGCCCUGGUGAGACUGAAGCGAGUCCUGGUCCAAGUCUGGGUGUGAACCCCCUCCCCCAGUCAAAGAUGUCGUCUCCCGGCCAGGACGGAACCUCCAGCCAGCUCAAUAAGUUUGAGAAACUGUCGUGGAGGCCCACCAUCCGAGACUCCGGCUUCAAAAAACGAAUCCGGUGGCUUCAGGCUCGGCGCAUCGUCUCACCCUCCUGCCCCAACUUGCGGAUCCCCAACCGCUUUCUAAGAGAAGGACACUGCAUACCGCCUGCCCGCAGUGGACACCGCUGUGUUGCAGACAACACUAACCUGUACGUGUUCGGCGGCUACAACCCCGACUUUGAAGAGGCUGGAGGUUCAGAGAAUGAGGACUAUCCACUUUUCAGAGAGCUCUGGCGGUUUCAUUUUGCCACAGCCUCCUGGCAGCAGGUCCGAACAGAGGGUUACAUGCCCACAGAGCUGGCUUCCAUGUCAGCGGUCUUACAUGGGAACAACCUGCUUGUGUUUGGAGGCACUGGGAUUCCUUUUGGUGAAAACAACGGCAAUGACGUCCACGUUUGUAAUGUUCAAUACAAACGGUGGAACCUGCUUAACUGCAGAGGGAAGAAACCCAACAAGAUCUACGGGCAGGCGAUGGUCAUUAUAAAUGGAUACCUGUAUGUGUUUGGAGGGACGACGGGCUACCUUUACAGCACAGACUUACACAGGCUGGACUUGACCACCAGAGAGUGGACCCACCUUAAACCAAACAAUGCGCCCACAGAUCUGCCCGAAGAACGGUAUAGACACGAGCUCGCUCAUGAUGGACAGAGAAUCUAUAUUUUAGGAGGCGGGACAUCCUGGACAUCGUAUCCACUGGACAAAAUUCAUGCGUAUAACCUGGAGACAAACUACUGGGAGGAAAUAGCCACGAAACCUCAAGAAAAAAUAGGAUAUCCCUCUGCCCGUCGGUGUCACAGUUGUGUGCAGGUCAAAGACGAGGUGUUUAUAUGUGGGGGUUAUAACGGGGAACAAAUCCUGUCCGACCUGUGGAAGCUGAACCUGCAGACCCACCAGUGGACGAAGCUCCCUGCGGUCAUGCCAGAGCCAGCGUACUUUCACUGUGCUGCAGUCACACCGGCUGGAUGCAUGUACGUCCACGGCGGAGUCGUCAACAUGUCCGGGAACCGGAGGACGGGCUCGUUGUACAAAGUGUGGCUGGUGGUGCCCAGCCUGCUGGAACUGACCUGGGAGAAGCUUCUGAAAACGUUCCCUCACUUAGCCCAUCUGUCCAGCCUGCAGCUGCUCGGCCUGGGGCUGACGCACGCCUUCGUUCAGCGGCUCAAAUAGACACGGAGACCGACCGGGGCGGUAUGUGGCGCCGCAUCAACCAAUCAAACUCUGCUUUUGAAAGGACUAAAAACUCCUGAUGUCAUUUAUUAAAAGAAACCAUGAAUGCUCUUUUGCUUUAGUGUUAGGUAAGUAUGUGCUUUUUAAAAUAGUUUCUUCAAAUGUCAACAUGUUCGAUUUUUUUUUUUUUUUUUUAACCUGUCACUUGUGUUGCAUGAGAGGUGAUCGACUCUCCAAAGACGACUUGACUAAAAACAGGAUGAAUGUUCCGACUGGUUGUGGAGUUUUUUGCCUUUGUUGAAAUGCUUCACUGUGGGAGGAGCGCCGGGGCCGUGCACACUGUUACGAUCUCUGCACGCACUGUGACGGGUCAGGUCAAACUCACUGCAGUUUCACGCAGCGGAAAGACACGAAAACCCUAAAGCAUGUUGAUAUUCUAAUUAUACAAAACAACUGAACUAUUUGAUAACUUGAGGUUUGUACAGCACAAACCACAAAAUGCCUUUUUUAAGAUUUGAAGGAAGCUGGAAGCAUCUUAUAAACCAUAAAGCAGCAUCACUGUGAACUUUCUGGUUCAUCUUAAAUUAUACUUCUCUUUAGAAAAGUGAAUUUCGGGAUGUUAUUUACAGAUUUACAUGGCUGUAGCUUCACAGUGACCCUGCAGACUUUUCAUUCUUUAUUUUGUGCCUUAAUUUACAAAAUGUUUUUCUGUUUUUAAGGAAAUAUUUCUGCGAACCUGUCUUUUAAACUUUCUUAUUGUUUCAUUACUUUGAACUGUGCUCUUUUUUUCUUACCAGGUGCUCUGUUGAUGUCCUCUACUUUUUUUUCCUGCUAUUCAUUUUACAGAGACAUUACUCCUUAUUUAUUUGAAUCACUGUGCUGCUGUUUUAUUACGUUAGAUAUCUGAAAUGUACCUGAACAUGUAGCUUUAUUUUCCACCUUAAUACCCAAACCCCAUUUUUAACUUUUUAUAGUCUAACGUGGAUUUUCUUUAUAUGUUCAUACAUUUGAGGAUUUUUUUUUUUUUUAAUGGCUUUGGUGUGUGCAUGGUGUAUUCAAAAUGUGAAAAACCGAUCAGUUAAAGGAGCUCCAAGUGUCAGCGGGAAUGGAUCGACCGGCUCGGGUCGGGUUUUCCCUGUAUGUCGGUGUCGAGCUGUUUCCUCAGCCUUUCUUCUGGACUGUGCCUGUGUCGCAUCAUGCUCAAGGAAAUCGCCUUUAUUAGAGGAAAAAAAAAAGAAAAGGCAGCAUGCUGAGACCACAUUUGGGUACCUGAAUACUUACUGCGCACGGUAAAGAAUAAACACUGCACUGAUGCUCCUGGCUGCUUAUACCAAGACACACGACGGCCUUUUUGGUUUUUCUUCCCCCUUCACCUGUUUUAUGAGCAUUUUAUCAAAUCUCAACUGUGUUCGUACAAUAAUAACCAGAGCUCUCUUCUGGUUAUUAUCGUACUGCAAAGCCCUUUUUUUUCCCCCAUGUGGCCUUAUUUCCGGAUCAUUUUUGAAUCGGGCUGCUUCACUGCGUGCUGAACUCAGUAAAUGUACUGCAUUGCCUAAG